AUGGCUAUACUCAAAGACAUGAAUCAAGAUCAUUACAAAUUUUGUUCCCAUUACUUCACCAAAGAAACAAUACUAAAGAUUUAUGACGAAACAGUUUAUCCGGUGGAAGAUGAGAGUACGCGAAAUGUGCCGGGAGAAGUAGCACAAAAGAUUGUCACACCACCGGAAGGAAGAACAAAGUCAGGAAGGCCUCAGAAUAAAAGAAUGAGAUCUAGUUUGGAAAAAAUAAAUCAUAACAAAUGCAGUAGAUGUCGGCUAUAUGAACACAAUGUGAAGACAUGUAGGAAUAUGCCUAAGAAAAAAUAA